AUGCCUGCCACCACCUCAUCCAUGCUUUCCACUCUCCUCCUCGCCAUCCCUCUCCUCUUCCCAUCGGCCGCCACAGCCGCCGCAGUCGUCAAGAAAGACGUAUCAUCCGCAGUUGUCGUGGCUUCCGAGGCAGCCCUCGUAGACGCAGCCGUCACCUUCACCUUGUUCUCCAGCGAUGCCCAAUGCCGGGCCAACCAGGGCACCCGGAGCUGCGAUGGUCGCGAAAAGCAGGUUUACGCCGGAAACGUCUGUGUGGAUAUUGCCAGCUUCAGAACCAUCAAGGCAUUCUGCGGUUGA